ACAGAAUCAGUAAGAGACAUUCUUUUUGGCUGAACAAUCUGUAAAAAGUGAAGGAAAUAGUAACUGCACCUCAUCCCAGCCGUCAAGGAGCAUGGCAGGAUGCAACACUUCCCAAACCCUAUAUCCAGCUGGUGUACAAACUGAUCCACAUUAUCCAGAAAUCGAAGAUGAUUCAGCCAUCGACAUGUAAAAUAUUGAGUACAGAAUAUAUGAUGGCUAUUCGUAACAUGCAUUGCUUUUCAAGUCUAGAACCUACUUGUAUAAUCAAAUGAAAAAAAAAAACUUAUAUUGGUGUCUAUCGUUCAAUUUGUAAUAUUCUGCAAAACGUAGAAAAAACAAUAGCCAAAUAAAUGUUUGUGUAUAUCUUGCUAGCCAAUACGGGGUGUACGAUAAUCUAGCUCAAAAAACUAUUUUUUAACGGAUGUGUAUGGUAGUUCGCCAGUCGCCACAGAAAUAUGGGACUGGGAACCUUGGAUCUGACGCCUGACGGUGGUGGUGGUGGUGGUGCCGUGGUGGUGUGAAUAGUAAACAGUAAAACACACCGGUGUCCUGCUGGUGUCCACCUCCACGCUCCACCCUUCACCUGUGCCUUCCUCAACCAGUAGUAGCAGUGGUGUAGCCUGUGAUUGGCCCUCCACAGGUGGAGCACCAACACUCACUCACCGAGGCGAGGAGUCUCACGGGAACACUGCCAGAAGGACAUACCGUAGCUCUAUUGGAGUCUGUGCAAAGGAGGAGGACUAAAAGGAUACAGGGAACGAGGGAUAUACCUAUGAAGAGAGACUGAAAAAACUUAGUCUGGAUUCCUUAGAGAGACACCAGCCCAGCCCAGCCAGCGUCCAGUCUGCCGCCGCCGCCCCUGCCUGCCACCCACCGACGGCUGCCUGGCUGUCUGUCCUCCCCGAGGCUCCCUGCAGGACUGGCCGUGGCGUGUGCUGGUGACAGUGGUGCAGGAAUGGAGGGUGUGAGGCCGGGCAGCGGCAUGGGUGGCCAGUGCCAGCAGCAGCAGCAGUCAGCCUCAGGUGUGGGGAGGCACAGGCGUGGUGGCAAGGAUCACCAGGAGACAGGCAGCUCUGGCCACACAGGACAGAGCAGGUUUGAGUGCCAGCAGUGUGACAAAACUUUUACCACCAAACAAGGCCUUGCCAGACACACCCUAGCACACAGUGGUGUUAGGAAUUAUGAGUGUGGUGACUGUGGGAAGAAAUUUGGCAGAAAGUCUCACCUCACCACACACAGCCUGAUACACAGUGCUGUUAGGAAUUAUGAGUGUGGUGACUGUGGGAAGAAAUUUACCCAAAAGUCUCACCUCACCAAACACAGCCUGACACACAGUGGUGUCAGGAAUUAUGAGUGUGGUGACUGUGGGGAGAAAUUUACCCAAAAGUCUUCCUUCACCACACACAGCCUGACACACAGUGGUGUUAGGAAUUAUGAGUGUGGUGAGUGUGGGAAGAAAUUUACCCAAAACUCUUCCCUCAAGAGACACAGCCUGACACACAGUGGUGUUAGGAAUUAUGAGUGUGGUGACUGUGGGAAGAAAUUUACCCGUAAGUCUAGCAUCACCACACACAGCCUGACACACAGUGGUGUUAGGAAUUAUGAGUGUGGUGACUGUGGGAAGAAAUUUAGCCAAAAGGGAAACCUCGCCACACACAGCCUGAUACACAGUGGUGUUAGGAAUUAUGAGUGUGGUGACUGUGGGAAGAAAUUUACCCUAAAGGGAAACCUCACCACACACAGCCUGACACACAGUGGUGUCAGGAAUUAUGAGUGUGGUGACUGUGGGAAGAAAUUUAACCGAAAGUCUUCCCUCACCAAACACAGCCUGACACACAGUGGUGUUGGGAAUUAUGAGUGUGGUGACUGUGGGAAGAAAUUUAACCGAAAGUCUCACCUCACCACACACAGCCUGACACACAGUGGUGUUAGGAAUUAUGAGUGUGGUGAUUGUGGGAAGAAAUUCACUCAAAAGUUUAAGCUCACCUCACACAGCCUGACACACAGUGGUGUUAGGAAUUAUGAGUGUGGUGACUGUGGAAAGAAAUUUAACCGAAAGUCUACCCUCACCACACACAGCCUGACACACAGUGGUGUUAGGAAUUAUGAGUGUGGUGAGUGUGGAAAGAAAUUUAACCGAAAGUCUAUCCUCGCCACACACAGCCUGACACACAGUGGUGUUAGGAAUUAUGAGUGUGGUGACUGUGCGAAAAAAUUUACCCAAAAGUCUGCCCUCACCACACACAGCCUGACACACAGUGGUGUUAGGAAUUAUGAGUGUGGUGAGUGUAGGAAGAAAUUUACCACAAAGUAUGGUCUCACCACACACAGCCUGACACACAGUGGUGUUAGGAAUUAUGAGUGUGAUGAGUGUGGCAAAAGGUUUCCUACCAUUUCUUAUCUUAAUAAACACACCUUCAGACACACUGGGUUGAGGGAGUUCAAGUGUGAUGACUGUGGCAAGUGUUUCAAGACAAAGGCUGAUAUUGCCAGACAUGUGAAGGUCCACUUUUGAGGUGGGGCCACAGCCGUGCCUGUGGUGGCGGCUGUGUCUGUGUGUGCUGUGAGGGAGUAAUGAGACAAGAAGCAGUUGUUUUGUUGGUGGCGCAGGUGUGCCUUUCAAUAAAUGUGUGUGUGUGUAACAUGGUGACAA